AUGAAGAAAAUAAAUGUCCUAGCAAUUGCUCUUCCACUAGCCCCUCUGUCUGUGUACGCUUACAGAUUGCUACAAAAGAAAAGAAGUGCAGUCCCUCGGAAAUACGAUGUGUUCUUGAGCUUCAGCGGUCCAGACACUCGCACCGGCUUCACUGAUUUUCUGUACAACAGCCUAGUAGCUACCGGUCUCCACGUGUUCAGGGAUUAUGACUCAAUCCCAGUUGGCGAGCAGAUAGGCCCAGAGAUUAUCAAGACCAUCAAGAGUUGCAGGAUCGCCAUCCCGAUCAUCUCUGAACAGUAUGCGCAGAGUAAACGGUGCCUCCGUGAGCUCAAAGAGAUUGUGGAUUGCCAGCUAAAGGAUGGCAAAUCAGUCUUCCCUGUAUUCUAUAAGGUGGAUGUUGGUGAUAUCCAUCGCCAACGCGUUAACUUUGAAAACACCCUACGGAGACCUGAGAUGCAGACCAGUGCAGAAGAAAUGGAAAAAUGGUGGAAUGCGUUUACUUCUGUGGCGAAGAUUAAAGGAUGGAUAUCACAUACCAUUUCUGAUGGGCAUGAAGCAGAGCUAGUUAAAAUGGUAGUCGCAAAGGUUUCAAGUGACUUGAAGAUGACGUGGAUUGAACGGCUCCCUACGUUCAUAAGCUCCGUGCUUUUUCACUUUUCGGACAAGAAAAGAAGAGAAAGUAAUUGCCAAGUGUUCUUAGCAUUUUGCGGCCCUGAUACUCGACACAGCCUUGUUGCUUUCCUCCGCGUCAGCUUUCAGCUUGAAGGAAUUAGAGUAUUUGACGAUGAUGAUUCAUCUCUCAUCGGUAAAGAUAUUGAUAAUGAGAUUUAUGAUGCUAUCAACUACUGCAAGAUAUCCAUUCCGAUUCUCUCUGAAGAUUAUGCCUCCUCUUCUUGGUGCCUCAAUGAGCUAGCUCAAAUGGUUGAAUGCCAUCAAACGAAGGGCCAAAAGAUAUUGCCCAUCUUCUAUAAAGUACAAAGCUCAAACGUGCGAGACCUAUCGGGUGUUUUUGGACAAAGGAUACUUAGACAUAGGAAUCUAGUUGAUGCAACUACAUAUGAGCGGUGGGAGCAAGCUCUCAGGAAGGUUGGGACCUUCAAAGGAUGGGUUUCAGAGAGAAUCGCCAAUGGGUAUGAAGGAGAACUUGUAAAAAGGGUCGUCAAGGACGUUUCGAAGUUGGUUAAAGAAUCCCCAUACACACGAUGCCCCAUCCCGUACACCAAAUAUUGA